AUGGACUUUACCGACCAAUAUCCCUUCCCGCAGCAGGCGUUCAACGCAGGUGUCAUGAACAUCCCGCCCCUGACGCCUUCCCAUUCACAGUCCGCGCCAUCCGAAGACUUCACCUCGCCUCCUGACAACACAUUCACGCAGCUCGGCGCCGACUUUACAAAUUUCGACUACACCCAGGGCCUCGGGGCCAGCGCCUUUCCUGGCCCUCCUACGCCGCCUAACGCCUACUCGCAAAAGAACGGCGGCCCUGCGAUGAAUGCGUCCCCCGAGGACAGCGGCGCCCGUGGCGGCAGCGAAGAAGACGACUUGACGCCCGCCCAGUCGCGGCGUAAAGCACAGAACCGAGCCGCCCAACGAGCCUUCCGCGAACGCAAGGAGCGCCACGUCAAAGACCUCGAAGCCAAGCUCGCCUCCAUGGAGGCCGCGCAGCAGGAAACAAGCCUCGAGAACGAGCGUCUGAAGCGCGACCUGCAGAAGAUGUCGACGGAGAACGAGAUCCUGCGUGCCACGUCCGGUGCGUCGCCGCAGAUCCUCUCGCGCCCGGAGCCGGCCACCACGGGGCCCAUGUCCUACAAGCCCACAGACUUUUACUCGGACGUGCUCAAGGGCCACGAGAACCAGACGCCGUCGCACCGCAUCGUGGUCUCCUCGACAGGGGAGCGUCUGUAUGCCGCGGGCGCUACGUGGGACUUUAUCAUCGGACAUGACCUGUAUAAGAGGGGUCUUGUGAAUGUUGGCGAUGUGAGUGAGCGUCUCAAGGCGUUUGCGACGUGCGAUGGACAGGGUCCUGUGUUUCCGGAGCGUGCGAUUGUGAGCGCUAUUGAGCAGAGCGUGGCGAGCGGCUCAGACGAUUUGCUCUAA